AUGGAGGAAGAAAACGAGCGCCCAAGAAAGCUACAAAAGACGGAGCAUGAUCCCACAGCAGAAGAGUCAAUUUCUUCACCGAAUUCGGCUUCUACCCCCAACGAGAUAACGGCAGAAAGCAAAGGAAGCGCAGAGAAUUAUACCAAUCGCAUUAUUACGCUCGCAUCUAUACCCGAGACUGACGAAAAUGGGCAACCGCUGUCAAAGAACCAGCGAAAGAGACUCCUGAAACGAGAAAGAUGGGAGGCUGGAAAGGAAUGGCGCAAGGAGAAGCGCAAGGAAAAGAUACAUGCGAAAAAGGAGCGCCAGAAAACUGCGAAAGCCCAAGGGUCACAAAAAGGUGACUCCGACAUCAAUAGGCUCAUCUCCAGAACGGAGCGGAAAAAAAUGGCCCAUCAGAGAUCUACCCUCCUCCCAAUAACUUUUGUGGUCGAUUGUGACUUCGACGAUCUUAUGGUUGAGAAGGAGCUGGUCUCAUUGGGGUCUCAGAUAACGCGAUCUUACUCUGAUAAUUCGAAGGCGCCGUUCAGGGCCCACCUGGCUGUUUCGUCUUUCAAUAAACGGUUGAAGGAGAGAUUCGAUACCGUGCUCAUGAAACACUAUACGCGGUGGAAGGGGGCUACAUUUUUACAGGAGGAUUACGUGGUUGCGGCUGGACAAGCUAAGGAACGAAUGCGCCAGCGCAAUGGAGGAAGGCUGAUGGGGAUGUUUGCUGACAAGGCUGGGGCCAAUCCUGAUGAAGGGGAGGUCAUUUAUCUGAGCAGUGACAGCCCCAAUACGCUGACGGAGCUCAAGCCAUACAGCACUUAUAUUAUCGGCGGACUGGUAGAUAAGAAUCGGCAUAAAGGGGUAUGCUACAGGAGCGCGAUGGAAAAGGGGAUUAAGACGGCGAAGCUCCCCAUUGGCGAUUACAUGCAGAUGCAGAGCCGGUAUGUGUUGGCUACGAACCAUGUGGUUGAAAUUAUGAUUAAAUGGCUGGAGCUGGGAGACUGGGGCCAGGCGUUUUGUAUGGUUUUGCCGAAAAGAAAGGGGGGUGUUUUGAAGGAUGCACCUGGUGCGGGAGAGGAUGGUGGACAGGAAGAUGGUUAG